AUGAAAAAGUCAAAGACAAUCAAUAUCUCUGAAGAUAAAGAAAUUCUUGACAUUUUAGAAUUUAGACCACCUCGUCAUAUCGAUUUAACACAAUUCCAACCAAAAAUUCAGACUACACAAGACUUAAAUGCUAAUAUUCUCCACUUACUUACUGGUGUUAGAACAUCAAAAAUAGAUAAGUCUGAAAUAAAAAAAGGGUGUGUGAGUGAAAUUCCUUUACUGUCACACUCAGAAAAAGAACUUAAAAACCCUCAAGAAGAAAAGGAAGAAAUUAAUGAAAAUACUAACCUAAUAAGUAAAGAAACUGUUCCGUCUGAUUACAGUUUAGUAGACAUCUCUUGUAUCCCAAAAGAACCCUCUCAGACUUUGUCUAUGUUAAAAACAAAUAAGAAGAAAGUUAAAGAGAGAAAUGGGAAUACCAGGUUAGAAAUAGGAAUGCACACAGCGAUAAUGCCUUCUUAUCUUAGUCAUAUAAACAAUAACAAAAAAACUAAAACAAAGCCAUUAAUGAUUGGAGUUCAACAACUUCUAAAGAAACCUUCAACACCAACAAAAAAGAGACUUACUGAAACAACACAUAUACAAACAAUGAACAGGUUAGAAAAAAGGAAGUCAUUAGAAAUUAAACAUAAGACAAAUGAACAAAUAAAACGAACUGAACAUGUUCUAAAAGAAACACAUAAAACAAUUGCAGACACUCAAUCAUUAAUAAAAAAGAUAGAACGUCAAACCACUACAACAAAAGACAUUAAAGAUUUUAAAGAACGAAAUGCUGCUAAUAGAGCAAUUAAAUUAAGAGCAGAAAAAGUUAUUCGUGAAAUUGAUCGUAAAAGAAAGUCUUUAUUAAAUAAGACAGAAAUAGAAACACGUGCUAAACGGAUGACAUUACCACAAUUACCAAACUAUUUGAAACAAGCUAUUAAGAAGAAAAAAACAGAGGCUAUUAAAAGUAAGUCACUGUAA